GUGUAUAAAGUUACAGUGUUUCACUGCUUUAGUCACACUUGAUGACCGCAGCACCAUCUCAGUUAAGAGUCUCCUGGUCUUUGCUUCAAGAGUUUCCAACAGCUGUAACCGGAUAUUAAAAACCUCUGGUGAAGCUGAGAUCCACGUGACACUAUUAUAAAGAUGGCAUUUAUUAAAGAGGAGAGUGAAGACGUGAAGAUUGAAGAAGCAUUCAGAGUGAAACAAGAAGAUCUUGGGGAACAAACAGAUGAUAAAAGCUCAAUAAGAACUACAAUCAGCAAAAGAACAUUCAUUAUACCAAAAGGUCUUCAGGUCUGCUUCCUCACAGACUCGGCGUGUUGGGAUAUCGAGCACUACUUUCCAAACGCACAAUGCUGGGUUCAUCCAGACACGACUCUUGUGAGAUCCGUUCAACAACACGUGAAACACUUUGAGAAACUGCACGACUACAGAAUAGUGAUUCUCCACAUGGGAACAAACGACAUCACAAGCGGAGCGUCUGCAUCGACUGUCGUCCAGAGAAUGAAAACUCUCAUAUCAAGAAUCUCACAAGUUAAUUCACACAUCCUGUAUUUCGCAAUCAGCGCUAUUUUACCACAAGUGAAAGACGACUCUACAGUCAAAACUACAAUCAAACAAUGCAACAGCUUGCUUCAACACUGGUCUUCACAAACAAGAAACAUUCUAUUUCUGAACACUAUAAAAUCAUUUCUCAAAAACAGAAAAGUAAUCCAAAACCUAUACAAACACGACGGACUUCACCUGAACCAAGAAGGAAAACACAAACUGUUUUCAUACUUUCAAC